AUGGGCAAAUUCUACAACACGACAUCCAUUCUGAGACUGCAAGGCUUCAAUAUCCCAUCUGAAUCUGUCUUCCCUGCAUUCCUGUUUGCAUCUCUUAACUACAUGAUCAUCCUCUUCUGUAAUCUUGCUCUGAUCCUCACCAUUGUUCUUAACAAGAGUCUGCACCAGCCUAUGUAUCUUCUUCUGCUCAACCUACCCAUCAAUGACUUGAUGGGCUCAACCGCACUCUUUCCACAGGUCAUCAAAGAAAUACUGUUUGACACCAGGACCAUCCAUUACACAGCCUGUGUUACCCAAGCUUUUUUUAUUCAUGUCUAUGGGCUGGGUGCUGUGUUAACACUGACUGUCAUGGCCUAUGAUAGGUAUAUUGCAAUAUGUUUGCCAUUGAAAUACAAAACCAUUAUGACGAAUUCCCACAUUAUGAAAAUAAUUACGGCAACAUGGAUGUUGAAUUUGGUUUUGAUAGGGUUGCUGUUUUUCCUGCUGUUGCGUUUACCACGUUGUAGAUCCCUUAUGGCACAUUCGUACUGCGAUAACCCUUCCCUUCUAACUCUGGUCUGUGCAAACACAACCAUCAAUAACAUUUAUGGCCUUGUCAUAGUCGCUGCCACACAGGUGAUUGCCAAUGUAACAAUACUGUAUACCUAUCUUCAGAUACUCGUCACAUGCUUCAGAAGUAAGAGGUCAGACACCAAAACGAAAGCGCUGCAGACAUGUGCGACACAUCUGAUGGUUUUUCUUCUGCUAGAAUGUCUUGGCCUUUUCACAAUCAUAUCAUACAGGUUGAAGAAUCUCUCACCGUACUUAAGGAGACUCAGUGGCGUUUCAACGUUAAUUUUCCCGCCAACUUUGAAUCCUAUCAUUUAUGGACUGAAAACAAAAGAAAUUCGUGAAAAAAUAGCUUACUUUUUCAGCCGAAAAAUCUUUCCAGCCUAG